GGGGAGGAGGCGCUGCGCACCGACAUCCUCUGCAACGUGCCCACCUACAAGGGCAAGGUACGUGCCUUUCACCACGCCUUUAGCACCAACGAUUGCUCCAGGAACGUCUACAUCAAGAAGAACGGCUUCACUUUGCACCGCAACCCCAUCGCUCAGAGCACGGAUGGGGCAAGGACCAAGAUCGGCUUCAGCGAGGGCCGCCACGCGUGGGAAGUGUGGUGGGAGGGCCCGCUGGGCACCGUGGCUGUCAUCGGCAUUGCCACGAAGCGGGCUGCCAUGCAGUGCCAGGGCUACGUGGCACUACUGGGGAGCGAUGACCAGAGCUGGGGCUGGAAUUUGGUGGACAAUAAUUUACUGCAUAAUGGAGAAGUGAACGGCAGUUUCCCUCAGUGCAAUAACGCACCGAAAUACCAGAUAGGUGAAAGGAUUCGAGUUAUCCUGGACAUGGAAGACAAAACGUUAGCGUUUGAGAGGGGCUAUGAGUUUUUGGGAGUUGCAUUCAGAGGACUGCCAAAAGUUUGCCUGUAUCCAGCAGUGUCUGCUGUGUAUGGUAACACGGAAGUGACUUUGGUGUACCUGGGAAAACCUCUGGAUGGAUGAUGUGGAUUGUUUCAUUGGGACAUCAAGAUGUGAAUGAUUCGGAGGAGAAAUCUGCACGUUGAUUAGAGGGAAAAGUGAACUAGAAAAAAAAAAAAGUGUGGGUUUGUGUCCAAGAACCAUCAAGGAAACCAUACAGAAUUUUGAAAUGGAGGACCAGCCAUACUUCAGGAAUUGUGUCACAUUUCCUCUUUCUACCAGGCCAGACAUAUCCUCAGGGUUGCAGUUGGUUGAGUGGGAAGCUGACACAUGCAUGUUGCAACAGAUUUCAUUGCUGAGAUGGCAGUGUGUGACCUCAAAUAUUUAAGGAAGGAUUUGAUAUAAAACUACUUGAGGAAAUUAACCUGAGAUUUGUAAGUAGCGUGUUUUGUGAAAGACUCCCAUUUUAAAACUGCUUGUUCCUUCCCUUCCUUCCUUUGGGCUGGCACAGGUACCAGAGGAGAGUAGGUCUAGUUGGAUUUUAUUUACAGUUUUUAAUAUACUGAGAAGCAUGGUCUAUCUGGACUGCCCUUCUCCAGUAGAAUGAUAUAAAAUGUGUGCAGCUAUUUUUAAGUGUAUUUUAAAGGUUGUAUAUAUAGAACAUGUUGAAAAGAACAAUUAAAACGGAAGAAUUUGCUUUAUUCUAACUGGGAUAUAACUUCUUAAAGGGGGGAAAAAAAACCCCCACUACGUGGCAUCAGAAAAACCUCAGACAGGUAUAUAACAUUCAUGUAAGGAUACUUCUUCUGUUGUAUUGUGAAGCAUUUUGGGAUGCUCUUGUGGAGUAAGGUGCUACAUUGGCCCAUUUUUGCCUAGCUGAAAGUUUCCAUAGCUUUAGCAGUAUAUUUGUUCUCUGUAAGAAACACAAGAAAAUUUCACUAUGAGUUUCUUCUCGCCAAAAUUUGUGGUCCCUUUUAAGAGUGAAAGGUACAACACUGUAAUGAGCUGAUCUUCCUUUUGACACCAAAAAAUACAUAUUUUUAAAAGAAAUCUUACGCUUUCUAAUCACUGUUGUAAAAUGAGACUUUCAAAAUGAUGAAAAAUCCACAUUCAGCUUCUGAGCUGAGAUCUUAUUUUCAAUUUAAUCAGUUUCAUAAGGAUUUAAGACUUGACUUAACCUAACUUAAUUUUGCUUCUUUAGUUAAAUAAAAUCCCAAGUAUUCAUCUGCCCAUUUUCAGUCAGGACUAUUAAAAUUCUCACUUCCCUCUGGAGAUUCUGGAUCAGGUUCAGCAUUUGGGAUUUUCAUUUGCACUGUUUCUCUAAAAACUUCUUACAAAACCAACUGAUAUGUCAGUGUUACGGCAUUCAGCAAGUAGGCUGAAAAGGCUGUGAAGCUUAAGGGUAUAGUAAAGAGGUACUUUUUGGUGAAACAGCAUUCCUUUGAGGUUGAAAGGUCUGUGGAGAUAUGGAUGUUUGUCAGCCUUCACGCAAAGAAAGCUAAUUUAGCCCCCGAAGUGGGUUUCCUUUUAAUAGGGCACUGAAAUCUGUAAGGCCUGUGGUUAGUUUUUGACUCUCAUUUCUUGUUGUUGGUGUUUCUCCAAGUUCAAUAGAACUAUCUGAACUGUUUCAGAAUUACUGAUGGCGUGUUUUUUAGGGAGGGAGAAGGAAAUGUUUAUGCAACCUCUUUUUGUUUUAUCUAUGCUAGAGAAUGUGAAUUGCUUAAUAUCAAACACUGAUAAAUCUCUGAGUGCAGGAGAGAAGGGAAUUUCUCUUAGGUUGCUCAUUUUUUCCCCAUUACUCAAGUAAUGUAAGGAAAGUGGUACAAGCAGAUGACUGGGAUUCUUAGUCUGCUGCUGAA